CACACAAUGUAAAGCGUAUUUUCUUGCUUCGGGCCAAAUUGCAUCAGCUAAAUAUUCAGGUGUUUAAAUAAAGGUCAUCCUGUCAUAUAUAAAUACACCUGAGAAAAUUUGCUUUGUAUUUUGAUCAAAUUGCUUGUAUUACUCAGACUGAUUGUAAUAAUUGAUAAAACAUUUGACGAUCAAGACUUCAAGUGUAUAUUUUUAUUUUGAACCAGAUUCGCAGGUACUGCGAUAUAUUUUUUUCAAUCGUCUGGCUAAAUGAAUCUGUAGUAGCACAGAUCAGAAAUCCCUAGCAACUAUGACUUUGAACUAGACUUGAACUAAAUCACUUCAACCGACAUGCGGUGCUCCUCAAGAACACGAACAGAAAACAUCUCGACACAACCUCCGACUACUACAGCAACCGAGCAAGACAAAGUUAAGUGCCAUCCAGUUCCAACCCAAGUUCUGAGGGUACUAGUUUCACCACAAGACGAUCGGACAACAGUAACAACAACAGCAAGACCGAUUUACUGGAAUCAUUACUUCAAAGAGUGCUUCCUAAUACGAAACAUCACAACGUGAAAGAAAAACUGAUUAAUUCAGAAACCACGACGCAGAAAACCCCAUCUACGUUGAAAGAGUUAAAGUCUCCUUAGAAAGAAACUGACAGAAGAAAUACUUGAAAAUAAUAACUAAAUCAUCAUUAUUUGAUCACUACUUGCAAUUCUUAUUUCGAACUUAAUAUUGCAGUACAGCAAUCUUGAAAUAAAAAUAAAUUUGGAAAAGUGUGAAGGAGAAACAAAGAACGUGAACAGAUUGUGAGGGAAAAUAUGGAUGAGUUGAUUGGCUUGUUUGGAGUGAGCGAGGAGGAUGGGAACGAACACAGCUACGAGGCCCAGUUGAUGAGUCACAACGACGACUGUCAGCACCAGGUGCAGCCUGAAGUAGAGGAGGGAAAUGUGGAGUUCAAACUGAAGUUGGUGAACCCUACCGACUCCAGAAUGGAACAUCUGGUCACCCAGAUGAAGUGGAGAUUGCGAGAGGGACACGGAGAGGCAAUUUACCAAAUAGGAGUUGAGGACCGAGGGGCUGUUUUGGGACUGUGUCAGAGUGAGCUGGAUACUAGUCUGGCUACUCUGAACAAGAUGGCUCAGAGGCUGAAUGCGGAUAUAACGACUCUGAGGGAGGUUGUGGUGGAUCCUGUGGCACAGACCAAGGCUGUGGAGGUGUUGGUUCGACAGAUACCAUCUGAUAAACCGUUCAUCGACAUGCGAGUGUGUGUGCUUGGGAAUGUUGACUGUGGCAAGUCUACUCUGGUGGGAGUGCUCACCACACGACAGCUGGACAGUGGGCGGGGCAGGGCCAGACUGAAUCUACUGAGACACCCACACGAGAUACAAACUGGACAUACUUCCAGUGUGUGCCAUGAAAUCAUGGGAUUCGACUCACAUGGCAAGCCCGUGGACUACAGUGUGGUGCGUAACAAGGAGGAGAUCUGUGAGAUGUCCUCCAAACUCAUCACUUUCAUUGACCUCCCAGGCUGCCAGAAGAGUCUGAAGACGACCAUAUUUGGACUGACUGGCUAUUAUCCAGACUACGCACUCAUACUCAUUGCUGCCAACCAGGGAAUAGUGGACACCACACGCGAACACUUUGCCCUCGCUCUAGCACUGAACAUCCCCUGUGCUAUUCUGAUCACCAAGGCAGAUCUUCUCAGCCCAGCUGCCCUGGAGAACAUGAAGGCUCAGAUCAAGAAUGUUCUCGAGUUCCCUGGAGUGGACAAGAUGUGUCUGUUCGUGGAGAAGAAAGAGGACGCGGUCAAGGCUGUGUCUAAACGAUUCAGACCAGAACAAAUUGUCCCAGUGUUUGUGACAUCCAGUGUCAAUGGGCAAGGAAUGGACCUUCUAAAAGACUUCCUUAACAUCUUCCCACAGAGAAAUGUGACCGAAGAGUCUUCAUCUUGCUUGUCAAAUGAUAGAGUGAGCUCCUCUUUUUGUAGUUUUUUUGGCGACGAUGAUGAGGAUGAAGUUAAAGAAGAUGACUGCUUUGAACACGACGAGCCGGAUGCAGAUUUCAAGAUUGACGAGACUUUCAUUGUUCCGAAUGUGGGAUGUGUAGUGGGAGGAAUUCUUCAAAAGGGAGUAAUCCGGAGAGGAGACGAAAUGCACCUGGGACCCUAUGAAGACGGAAGCUUCAGAACUGUGAAAGUGGCCUCUCUUCAUAGGACUGGGAGAGCACCAUGCUCUAUUGUGAGUCAGAACCAAAGUGCAGCCAUAGCAAUCAAACCAAACAACCCGGUGCGAAAAGGCAUGGUGCUUCUGGCAUCUUUCGGAUCCGGCACUGACGAGACCCAACAAAGCAGAGAGAAGACAAUACAUUACAUGAAAAUGGGAUCCAAGCUUGGAUGCUUUAAUUACAUGUCGGAAAAUGGCCAGGCAGGGACGAAGUUCAAAGCGUCGAUGGAACUGGAAGCCGAAAUUCUGAUUCUAUUUCACCCGACAAAGAUUCAACCGAGUUUCCAGUGUACACUUCACAUAGAUAAUAUCGUCCAAUCGGCUGUGAUUAAAAGUAUAACAUUGCAGGAUGGCAUGGAUGUGUCGCCUAAGCGGAACAAAACGGUUUCCCUCGAUGGGAAGGAGAAAGAGUGUGAGAGGAUUGAUGGUUUUGGGGGAAAUGGGGCCCAGUCGAGCUCGCUUCCUAGUGUUUCUAACAUAGACAGGUCUCCUCCUCCAACCGGAAGAACUAGGACAUCUUCUUCCAACGAAGGCGGUCCUUGUUUGUUCACGAACCAGAAGGGCCACGUGACGUUCAGGUUCCUCCGACACUGCGAGUACAUCAGACCAGGCAUGCGGAUCCUUCUGCGCCAGGGAAAGACAAAAGGAAUAGGAAACAUCACCAAAGUUUUUCCUUAUAUACACGGGGCAAAUGUACCCGAAGAUGCAAAUCUCGAGAUGUAAAAGCGCCUAACAUCUUAUUCAAUCAAUAACAAACGUUGGAGCAAAAUUGAUCCUAGGUUUCUACAAAUCUCGAGAUUUAAGGUGGUUUUAACAAAUUGUUAGCUUCAUUAUAACUGGAAGCUGUUUAUGUAGUAUAAUCGGAUCUAUCUCAUUAAUCAUUAAUAUAAAGCUUCACGUGCGUUGUCUCUUGUUCUAAUUCAGUUCAAAUUAGAGUGCAGUAGCUGGCGCUAUUUAACCCUGUUUUCUGGUUUUUAUUUGUAGGUUAGUGUUUUGUUGCAAUUCGAUCUAAUAGUUAAUCACUGUCUCAAUUUGUAAUUUUGGAGCUAAAAUGGCGCUGUUCUCUUGGUAUUUCAGUUGAGCAAUUAUAGUUUUGCUGUUUUAUUCAUGAAAAUUGAAAAGCUGUGACAUUUGGUUUUUAUCGUUACGUUAUGUAUUCUCUUCCAUUAAUAAAUAAUUCGCCGCUAUGAAGUUGUCAUUAUCUGCAACUAAGUAGCUCACAUUUUAAA